AUGGCAGCCUCAAGGAAGUCCGGUGUGGUUACGUUGCUUCAUACGGCAUGCGGUGCAGGUAUCCUGGCGAUGCCCUAUGGAUUUAGGCCCUUUGGUUGGUUCCCAGGUAUAUUUAUCCUUACAUUAUGUGGAUUAUGUUCUGCUAUUGGUCUACUAUUACAGGCUAGAGUCGCCCAAUAUGCAAAGAAUCAGAAUGCAUCCUUUUUCAGCCUCGCUCAAUUGAUUAAUCCAAAUUUAAGUAUCAUGUUCGAUUUAGCCAUCGCAAUCAAAUGUUUUGGUGUUGGUAUAUCAUACAUUAUUGUAGUAGGUGAUCUUCUCCCCUUGAUUCUAUUUGUCUUCACUAGGAAUUCGCUGUUGCUAGAUAGAAAUUUUAAUAUUACUCUAAUAAUGAUAUUUGUCAUUGCUCCAUUAUGUUUCAUGAAACGGUUAAAUUCUUUAAGAUAUGCUUCAAUGGUAGCAAUGUCAUCAGUAGCAUACCUUUGUGUUUUGGUGCUUUUCCAUUUCUUGUUCCCAUCGGAAGAUAUUACGAAUUUGAAAGGGAACGUCUCGUAUGGGUUUCCUACAGGGGAACCUUCACCUUUGACAACUUUGCCUAUUUUCAUAUUUGCUUAUACAUGUCAUCAUAAUAUGUUCUCAGUAAUUAAUGAACAAAAGGAUAAUUCGUUUAAGAGCGUCAAAUAUAUUGCGAUGUCAUCCAUGUUAUUAGCUUAUAUUCUAUAUUUCUUGAUUGGAUCAGCAGGGUAUCUCACUUUUGGAGAUAAUAUCGUUGGGAAUAUUAUUACUCUGUAUCCUUUAUCACUUUCUUCUACCAUCGGGAGAGUCGCUAUUGUAUUGUUAGUGACAUUUGCAUUUCCUCUACAAUGUCAUCCUGCUAGAGCCUCUAUACAUCAUAUUAUGCAUUAUUGGGAACAAGCAAGAAAGGCGGUUGAUAUAGAAGAAGAUAACAAUUCUAUUAAUUUAGAGACAAGUGAACUAACUGUAGCUGAGGAGGAAACGUUAUUAGCAGAAGAACUGGUAGUAGAGGAAUCCGUAGAGGAACCUCAAGUUGUACCAUUGACAGGAAGGCGGUUUGUUAUAAUUACAACUUGUAUUCUUCUCGCAUCCUACUUAGUGGCAAUCUUAGUCUCAGAGUUGGCAAGAGUUCUUUCCAUUGUGGGUGCUACAGGUUCAACCUCUAUCUCAUUUAUAUUACCGGGAACAUUCGGAUAUAAAUUGAUUGGUUCAGAACAUACCAAUGAUAGUGGCGAGUCUGAACAGGAACCACUCUCUAAGUUUGACAAAUUUUUGAAAUAUGCAGCAUUAGGAUUGAUUAUAUGGGGUAUAUUUGUCAUGAUCACUUCGUUGUCAGCUACAUUAUUCAUGGGUGCAUCUCAUUAA